CUGCCGUUACUCUGGGUCUGGAGAGGCUAACAAAUCAAGAAUGAAGCUCCUUUUUGUGGCUGCCUUUGCACUCUUUGUGCUCUCUACAUUUGACAAGGCUGACUCCUCAGCUUAUGACAAAAUUGUUGCCCACAGUCGCAUCAGGGCCAGAAAAGAAGGACCCAAUGUCUGCGCUCUCCAGCAAGUCAUGGGGACCAAGAAGAAGUACUUUAGCACUUGUCGUAAUUGGUACCAAGGGGCCAUCUGUGGAAAGAAAGCGACUGUGCUUUAUGAAUGCUGCCCAGGUUACAUGAAGCUGGAUGGCAUGCGUGGUUGCCCUGCAGUGGCCCCAAUUGACAAUGUCUAUGGUACCUUGGGUAUGGUGAAGGCCACCUCAACCCAGAAUUACGCUGACAUUUCUAAGCUAAGGCCUGAGAUUGAGGGAUCUGGCUCCUUCACCUUCUUUGCCCCCAGCAAUGAGGCCUGGGAGAAUUUGGAUGAGACAGUGAGGAGCGCACUUGUCAGCAACGUGAACAUUGAACUGUACAAUGCUCUGCAUUAUCACAUGGCCAACAAACGCUUCUUAACUAAAGAUUUAAAGAAUGGAAUGACAGUCACCUCCAUGUAUAAUGACCUUGGCCUCCAAAUUAACCAUUAUUCCAAUGGGGUGGUGACUGUGAACUGUGCCAGGAUUAUCUAUGGCAACCAGGUUGCAACCAAUGGAGUUGUGCACGUCAUUGACCGCGUUAUCAGCGCUGUUGGAAGCACAAUCGAAGAUAAAAUUGCAGUUGAUGAUGACCUGACCACUCUGAAUGAUAUCGCUGGUUCUGCAUGGUUGGAGAAGCUGGGUCAGCCAGGACAUUACACUCUCUUUGCCCCCACCAAUGAAGCCUUUGAGAGUUUGGGCAGCGAAGUGUUGGAGAGACUUCAGGGUGACAAGGAGGUCCUGAAAUCUCUUCUUAACUUCCAUCUCCUGGACUCAGUCCAGUGCUCUGAGGCCAUCAUUGCUGGUAGCACUUAUGAGACUGUGGAGGGCAACAACAUUGAGAUUGGCUGCGAUGGUGAAAGUUUAACAGUCAACGGCAUCAAGAUGGUGCGCCAGAAGGACAUUGUCACCACCAAUGGUGUGAUCCACCUUAUUGACAAAGUGCUCAUGCCAGACUCAGCUAAGCAGGUGAUGGAACUGGUGGGAAGUUCCCAGUCAACCUUUGGUGACAUGGUGUCCGAGUUGGGCCUUUCUGCUGCCAUGAGAGCAGAUGCUGAGUACACUUUGCUCGCUCCCCUCAAUGUUGCCUUCAGUGAUGAAGUGAUGUCCAUGGAUCAGAGGCUGCUCAAGAUUAUCCUGGAAAGCCACAUCUUGAAGAAUAAGAUUGUCCUGGGGCAGUUGUACAAUGGCCAGAGACUGGAGACUAUUGGAGGAAAAUUCCUGAGGGUCUUCAUCUAUCGUACAGCAGUGUGCAUUGAGAAUGCCUGUCUGAUAAGAGGCAGUAAGGAAGGAAGCAAUGGGGCCAUUCAUCUCAUGAAGACUCUGUUGAAACCAGCGGAAAACUCUAUGUUUCAGAUCCUGACAGAAAAUGGAUCGUUCAAGAUCUUUUUGUCUCUGAUGGAAGCUGCUGGCUUGACUGACCUGUUGAAACAGGAGGGAGACUUCACUCUGUUUGCCCCAAGUGAUAAGGCUUUCGCUAGCUUGAGUGAAAGGGAUCUGACCUUGUUGAAGUCUGACGUAAAUGCUCUCAGAAACAUCCUUCUAUUUCACAUCAAUAAUGGUAUCUUCAUUGGUGGUGGUUUGGAGUCUGGGGUGACAAACCUUCUCAGGUCUCUUCAGGGCAGCAACCUCAAAGUGAUGUUUGCAAACAACACUAUGCAAGUGAAUUCUGUCCAAGUCCCUGAGUCUGAUAUCAUGGCCACAAAUGGAGUAAUUCAUUUCGUAAACCAAGUCUUGUAUCCUGCAGAUCUCCCUGUUGGAAGCCAGGAACUCCACAUGCUGUUGAGGAGGCUCAUCAGUUACAUUCAGAUCAAGUACAUUUCUGGAUUCAGAUAUCAGGAAAUCCCCCUAACAUUUCUGAAGAGGAUCAUUCAGAUCGUCGAGGAAGUUCCUGAUGUAACAAAAGUGACAAGGGUCAUUGAAAGUAAACCCACCCUCACCAAGGUUACCAGGGUCAUUGAAAGUAAACCCACCAUCACCAAGGUCACCAGAGUCAUUGAAGGUGCACCAGCCAUUACCAAAGUCACCAGAGUUGUCUCAGGUCCUCAGUAUUCAGUAAGCACUGGCAAUCUUGACAUCGAAGGAGCUGACGUUUCAAUUUCCCACGUUGAAGGGACUUCUAAUUUCGACCCUGAAAGCCUUACCAAAAUGAUCCAAGGCAAUUCAAGAAGAACCAGUCCCAGAAGAGUUUUAGCUGGCAACAGGAGGAGAGGAAGAGACUAAGCAUGGAUGGAUGUGAAUAUCAACAUUGUAAAGGCAGAAAGAGACACCAAACCCAGAGGUUGAAACUGGUAUUUCAGUACAGGGGAUACAUUACAAAUGUCAGUGAUUUUAAAUAUACUGUAAUAAGUAUGACUGACAAUAAUGAAACUAUUCUCAUAAACAAUUUAAUGGUGCUUUGAAUGUAUAUUAUGAGUGUGCAGUCUUUUUCAGUCUUUUUUAUGUAAACAUUGUUCAAAUGAACAUUUUGGCACGACUUUAAAGACAUGGAGAAAGUCAGGGUAGCAAUAAAGUUUGUUUUUUUAAAUCCAAGCCAUUAGUUCAGUAUAAAACAUUCAACGUUUAAACUGUCUUUGCUAGAGGUGAAGGUUUUAUUAGCUGUUUGGGAAGAUUUCUAAAUCUCUGCGUGAUAAAAAAGACGUCAGACUUUCAGAUUUGUUACAUACUUUUAAUUUCCUUGCUGUAACUUGUUUAAGAUUUCAUGUAAAUUGUCUGUCUUGUCUGUGCUUGUAUCAUGUGGAACAUCGUAUCCAGCUGCAGGUUUUCUCCUUUCUGUUUUUCAAACAGCUUCCAAUAAAGUGCAUCCUUUGAUAUAAAUAUGCCAUUUUGACAAGGAUAUCUGAGGUUGUUCUUUGGGGGACUUUCUAAUGAUUUGCAAGGUUUUUUUCUUAGGUUGACAUUUGUUCAGAGAGAGUCUGAAAAUGGCAAAUCUAAAUAUUGCUUUUUGUGUUUCCCAGUCUUUGAAUUAGACCGAGUCAUCCUUUUAAUAGGCCAGUCAUUUUUCUGUAUUUGUAAGCAGGAGCUUGGCAGUCCAUUUUUGGAAACAUUUUCAAAAGGACACUAUGUAAAAUAUAAAAUAAACUGUGUUAAAUGUG